AUGGCCACCACUCGAACCGAUCCGACCACCACUCCCGCUACCGCUGCCGCCGCCGUCAAUUCGAACUUGAUCACCAAUUCCAGCUUAUCCUCUCCCACUACAUCCGAAGCGACUAGUUCCAGCAACUUCUCUCCUCCGACUCCUGCACUACUUGAUGCCUCUUGUUCGCCCUUCUCCCAUGGUAUGACCACCUCCAAUUCAAAGGUCACAUUGGGGGAGGGUAUCCUGCGCCAAUAUGCCCAGAAUCUAGACCCCCUACAUACCGAUGACCACACUCACGCUGUUCACGAUAUUCCCACGUCACACACCAACCCUCCUGUCGAUGAGACAGUGCUGACUUCCGUCGACGGGCCUGGCUUCAGUCUUGUGAAGGCCCCCCUCCUCGAUCCUCUGCGCGGCUCCUACAUCGCCCACCAUCCAACCGUCCCAGUACCGAAACCUUUGCAAUUACCAAAGUCCAUUCUCUCCCACCGGAAGAACGCAAGAUCAAUAGACAUCCCCAGACAAACUAUACUGAAGGCAUUGGUUUCUCGACGACCCAGUAUCGGGUCCAACGCCGCUUCCAUGGCCACAAACCCCGUCAAGAAUACCGCCGGUGGCGAUGGAGAGUUAGAGCAGCAGAACAACCUCUCUCCGUUGUCGUGUCCAACAGCAACCUUUACAGCCUUGCAACCCAGCACCCUUUCAGGCCAUUCUCCCAUUUCAACGAGUUUCCUCCGUUCACCCUGCUUUUUCCACCAGCGGUUCGAAGGGGUCGUGGAUCUCCAGAAAGUAUUGGAGGAGAUGGCGGAUGAUGACUACUCACAUUCGAGGCUGAUGCAGACCGCAACAGGGGUGCGGGAAGUUUCCAAACAAUUACAGCGCAAACCGCUUAAGCGCGCGGUGCGAAACGUUAUGAUCGUGACCAAAGCCCGCGACAAUAGCUUGGUUUACCUGACGCGCGACCUCGCCGAGUGGCUACUUUCCACACCUCGGUAUGGCAGUGAUCUGGGCGUCAAUGUUUAUGUCGACGCCAAGCUGCGAAAUUCAAAACGAUUUGAUGCUGCCGGGCUCGUGAGAAAGGAAACACGGUUUCAGCACAUGCUGAAAUAUUGGACCCCGGAUCUGUGCUGGUCAUCGCCGGAGAAGUUCGAUCUUGUGCUGACCCUGGGUGGUGACGGCACUGUAUUGUUCACGUCCUGGCUGUUCCAGAGGGUGGUCCCGCCCGUCCUGUCUUUCUCCCUCGGCAGUUUGGGUUUCUUGACGAAUUUUGAAUUUGAUAAAUAUAAAGAACAUCUCGAUCGCGUCAUGGGCGAUUCUGGUAUGCGCGUCAAUCUGCGAAUGCGCUUUACCUGUACGGUUUGGAGAAUAGACCGCUCGCCCGGUGCUGCGAAGGGCGCAGUGGAGGAGGGCGAGCAAUUUGAAGUGUUGAAUGAGCUGGUCAUCGACCGCGGUCCUUCAGCCUACGUUUCGAAUCUGGAGCUCUAUGGUGACGACGAGCUUCUCACCAUCGUCCAGGCGGACGGGUGUAUCUUUUCCACGCCGACAGGGUCUACCGCUUAUUCUCUGUCGGCAGGAGGGUCCUUGAUACACCCAUCCAUUCCUGCCAUCUUGCUGACACCGAUAUGUCCUCACACUCUCUCAUUUCGUCCUAUGGUGCUCUCCGACACUCUCGCACUGCGGAUAGCUGUCCCUCACAAGUCUCGGUCGUCCGCUUAUUGUUCCUUUGACGGGAAAGGCCGCAUCGAGCUCAAACAAGGCGACUAUGUGACUCUGGAAGCAUCCCAGUACCCAUUCCCCACCGUUAUGACCGGUACCAACGAAUGGGUAGAAAGUGUUCAGCGAGCUUUGAGGUGGAAUGUCAGAGGGGCUGUCCAGAAGGGUUGGGAUGAUGGGGCUGAUGAAGAUAGUCCCCAUGUGGAAGAAAAAUGGGAUAUUGACAUGGAUGCCGGUCCUUUCAGUGGCACCGACAGCGGCAUCGGUCCAAGUGAGGACGGGGACAAUGCUGCAAGUCCCAUGAGACCGCAGCUGAGUAUGUUGACGAUGUGA